AUGCUGAUCGAGGUACAGGAGGGAUAUGGUCCACCAGCGGAGUAUUACCAGAACGGGCCGUAUAACGGCAUGCAGAAUGAGCAAGCCUUGUUCUCGCCACCGACACCGAGAUCCGCGAACGAUGAGGAUUCCGGACGUAGGACAACUCGUAGCGGACGAGCAACAACAUCGUCCAGUUCUCCACGCCUGAACGAGACCAGCCCUAGACGGAAAGCGACACCGAGAGUGAAGAAGCCGAAAGCACCGAAGAACGAGAAGCACAAAACGCCCAAGCUUACUGCGCCGUUGAGCAUACUGACGAAGGAGCUACAUCAUAUCCCGGUCAAGAAUAUGGAGGAAUGGGUGAACAGGCCAGCGGAUGUCAGGAGACGCGAAGUUGAGAAGAGGAAUGGAUACAUCACUCGUCCCAUGAACUCGUUCAUGCUGUACCGGUCGGCGUUUGCGGAAAGGGCCAAGUCAUGGUGUCUUCAAAACAAUCAUCAAGUCGUAUCGUCCGUGGCGGGGGAGAGCUGGCCGCUGGAACCGCCGGAGAUUCGCGAGCUAUACAACGAGUACGCAAAGAUCGAGAGGAUCAACCACCAAAACGCACACCCGACGUACAAGUUCUCGCCUAGCAAGACAGCAGCGCCGGCUCGUAAGCGAAGAAGCGAGUGGUCUGACGAAGAAGAACCUAGCGACCUUGACGAUGCCGAAUGGGCUCCCGGUGGUGGCAGGUCUCGUCCCCGACAGGCCAGGAGAAUCGAUCGAUCAUUCAGCUAUCCGUCAAAUGGUGUUGCUGUAGAGUACUUCGAUCAGUCGUUCGGACCAAAUGGUAAUGGUAUCAAUCGAUCGUCCUGGGAGAUGACAAACGAAGGGCGACCGAUGCCGAUGCCAAUAAGCCACAACGAGCUCUACAAUCAGUACUACCAGACUGCCGCCUACCCGAAUAUGCAGAUCAGUCCGACCUACGCAGACGACAUGCACAUGAGGAGGGUAGACACGCCAUCCUCUUCCAUGCAAUUCCACUCGAAUCCAUCGAUGCUGGGAUUGCCUGGAGGUAAUGCGAACGAUCUUCUGCAACAGCUGCACCCGAAUAUGAGUUCAUCAUUCGACGAGGGGCAGCUGGAUCCAUUGCUGUUGGCUUAUGACGGAGGAAGUCAUUCAGACAUCGACCCUUCAGCGUUGCAGAACGCUGUAUACCGGAACCCUCAUCCGGACAUGCAAGAAGAUAGGCUUGAGCAACACAACCUUGAUGGCUUGUUGGAUCUUCCGCAUGAUGAGUACCAAGCUUGGCAGUCAGACCCGACUAUGGUGUCGCUCGAACAAGAGUCGGAGUUUGAUAAGUGGAUGGGUGAGCAGUGA